UAAAAUGGCAGAAGCCAGAUUUUCUCAGGAUGAGUUCUUGUGUCCGGUGUGUCUGGAUCUCCUGAAGGAUCCAGUGGCCAUUCCCUGUGGACACAGUUACUGUGAGAGCUGUAUUACAGACUGCUGGGAUCAGGAGGAUGAGAAGAGAGUCUACAGCUGCCCUCAGUGCAGACAGACCUUCAGGCCAAGACCUGUUUUAGGUAAAAACACCAUCUUGGCUGAAAUGGUGGAGAAACUGAAGAAAACUAAUCUUCAAAGUGCGGUUCCUGCUGGAGCUGGAGAUGUUCAUUGUGACGUCUGUACUGGAAGAAAACACAAAGCUGUCAAGUCCUGUCUGGUGUGUCUGAACUCUUACUGUCAGAAUCACCUCGAACAACAUGAGAGUUUGUUUAAAGGAAAGAGACACAAUCUGACUGAAGCCACUGGACGACUGCAGGAGAUGAUCUGCCAGAAACAUGAGAAGCUCCUCGAGGUUUUCUGUCGCACUGAUCAGAAAUGUAUAUGUAUGCUGUGUACGAUGGAUGAACAUAAAAACCACGACACUGUAUCAGCUGCAGCACAGAGGACAGAGAAACAGAAGCAGCUGAAGGAGACGCAGAAGACGUUCCAGCAGAGAAUCCAGCAGAGAGAGAAAGAUCUCCAGCAGCUGAGAGAGGCUGUGGAGUCUCAGAAGCGCUCUGCACAGACAGCAGUGGAGGACAGUGAGAGGAUCUUUACUGAGCUCAUCCGCUCCAUUGAGAGAAGCCGCUCUGAGCUGAUACGGCUGAUCAGAGAUCAGGAAAAGCAAGCAGUGAGUCGAGCUGAAGGACGACUGGAGCGACUGGAGCAGGAGAUCAAUGAUCUGAGGAGGAGAGACGCUGAGCUGGAGCAGCUUUCACACACACAGGAUCACAUCCAGUUCCUGCAGAGUUUUCAGUCUCUCUCAGCUCCUCCUGAAUCUACAGACGUAAAUGAUGAUCUCUUCAGUUCUCUCGUCUCUUUUGGUGAUCUGAGAGAAUAUGUCCAUCAGCUGAGAGACAAACUGGAGGAUUUCUGCAAAGAGGAGCUCAAGAAGAUCUCAGACAGAGUCACAUUCACCAACAUUGUUCCCAGGACCAGGAACCACUUCCUACAAUAUUCCCAUCAGUUCACUCUGGAUCUGAACACAGCAUAUAAAUACCUCCAUCUGUCUGAGAGAAACAGAGUGAUUACUAACACUAACACAGAUCAGUCAUAUCCUGAUCAUCCAGACAGAUUUGAUUAUUAUCGUCAGGUGUUGUGUAGAGAGAGUGUGCGUGGACGCCGUUACUGGGAGCUGGAGUGGAGUGGAGAUGGUGGUGUGUUUAUAUCAGUGUCAUAUAAGAGCAUCAGCAGGAAGGGACGGGGUGAUGAGUGUUUGUUUGGAUAUAAUGAUCAGUCCUGGAGCUUGAUCUGCUCUUCCUCCAGAUACUCAUUCUAUCACAAUAACAUACAGACUGAUCUCUCUGUGAAGCCCAUCAUCAGUAGAAUAGGAGUGUUUGUGGAUCACAGAGCAGGAACUCUGUCCUUCUACAGCGUCUCUGACACAAUGAUCCUCAUCCUCACAGUCCAGACCACAUUCACUCAACCGCUCUUUCCUGGGUUUGCUUUUGGUUCUGGAUCAUCAGUGAAACUGUGUUGAUGAAUCAGAAUAGACUGACGAUAGAUUCUACCCAUAAUUCUUUGAGCUGCAUGAUAAAUCAGUAACAGUGAGAUGUUAUUGAGUCUCUUCUUUUCUCUUUGUGACAUUAAUACUGCAGCUGAACUUCUGUCAGUGAAAUAACAUGAAUCAGAACUAAGUUUGUUGAGACCAGAAAGCUUUAAACCUACAUGUGAAUUUAUAGUAAAAUAUUCACAUUUUUUUUAGGCCACCAUUAUUUUAGAAUGUCUCGUCUUAUUGUUUCUAUGGAGUUGCGUCAUGCUUGUCACAUGACACACCGCUGUAGCACUGUAUGACAGAUGUAUCGCUGUUAUUUAGUUUUUCCCUUUUUUAUUAUGUGUGCACUAUAUUAUGAAACAUCUGAUAUUCUGAUUCUCAAAUAUACGGUGCUAUAUUGCCAAAAGUAUUGGAACUGAACUUCUAAUGAACAGGUUUGACUGCUUUAGUAAUUUCCAUGAGUACAAAUAUUAAUGUUAAGAUCAAUCUGAAGAUCUGUGCUGAGUUUGGUGAAUGUAGAGUUAAAGCUCUAGGAGGAGAGUCAGAAAAUGUAGUCUCAGAAGAAGAAUAGGUAACACUUUAUUUCGAUAGUCCACUUUAGAAAUUCUACUAACAGUAAAUAACGUUGCAACUACAAGUCAACUAGCAGUCAUUAGAGUAUUAGUAGACUGUCUGUUUAAUAUCUUCUAACACUUUAUUUUGAUGGGUCCACAACAUACAACAUACUGACUAUGAGAAUCUUUAAUAUGUCAACUUAUUCUACUAACCCUAAACCUACCCUACUGAGAGUUAGUAGACAUGUAGUUACAAAUGAAUGAGAAUUAGUUACAGAGUUACUUAUAGUUAGUAGAAUGUCUAAAGUGGACUAUCGAAAUAAAGUGUAUCCGAAGAAUAACCAUAAGUUUAAACAGAAUUUCAGUGAGUUGGUUAAUGCAGAUUCACAGACACACAUAUGCUGUUUACUCUGUUUGUGUGGAGAAAUAAGACCUUUGUGACGUCUCUGUGAAAUAAGACCUUUGUUCACACUCAUUGUUUAAUCAGAUCUUUCAGACCACAAAAGAAAAAAAAAAAAGAAAAUAAAAAUAAAAUGGUUUGUUAAAACAAAUCUGAAUUUUUGUUCUGGUUUUGGUUUAAUAUUAAUUUAGUGUCUUCAAUGUGCAUGUAUUAAUAUGAUAUGCAUUAAACAUUAAGACAAUCAGAAUAAAUGAGUUUAAAUCAUAUU